CGUCCCCAUAGGCCGCGGUGCCUGCGGGGCCAACCGGAUCCCGCGUCCCCCCGCCUCCGGGCCGGCACCGUGGGUAGGGAGCCGUCAGGAGCCGUUCUCCGAGCAGCGGCGGUGAAUGCAGCCACAUCCAGCCGCUCGAGCAGGCAGGGGGCCGUCCUCCCCGGCGGGUGUUGUGAGGCGCUUCCCCCGGCCCGGAGCUCCCUUCCCUGAGGGAUGGUGUUUUGGUUUGUUAAAGUUUUUGUUUUGCGGGAAGAAAGGUUGAGAGAAGAAAGGGAGACCUGCUUGCCCAAUGAAGAUGCAGUCUUAGUCCUCAGCUAUUUAAGCUGAAUGCAUUGUGAUUUCCAAUAAUUGAGACAGUGAUUCUGAAAGCUGUCUACAUUAAUGAAAAGAACAAUGUAGUCAGCUUAACUGAAUCAUCAGUGUUGCAUAUUGAAUAGAACACGAUAAACCAAUCUUGACGGACUAAUGCACGUUAGGAAUAUAGAGACAAACAUUUACUGAAGCAUUGUGUUUCUUUUUUAAAAAAAAAAAACAAAAACCAGUAGUUUUAAAAAUGGAGAACUAUGAAAACGCACCACCCCUCCCUAAAGAACCUGCAAGAGAAAUGAAUGUGGAGAAUCACACUUGUCCCCCACCUCUGCCGCCUAACGAACAGCCUCCACCACCUCCCCUGCAAACGUCCAGUGACGCAGAGGUAAUGGACGUUGGCUCUGGUGGUGAUGGACAGUCAGAUACCCCUGCUGGGGACACGCACAGUAUCUGCAGAACACAGCUUCUCACAAAGGGAUCUACCUGCUACAAAAGUCGUCUCAUAAUAGACCCUAACAAUAGUGACCAAAGCCCAAGAACUGCUCGUCAUGCACCUUCAGUUCGAAAGUUCACCCCAGAUCUUAAGUUACUUAAGGAUGUAAAGAUUAGUGUUAGCUUUACAGAGAGCUGCAAAAGCAAAGAUAGGAAAGUUCUGUACACUGGAAUUGAGCAGGAUUAUAAGGCAGAUACAGAUUUUGGUGUUAAUAAUGUCAAUGGAGAUUUGCAUGUUUGUCCUUUUGGUGGUAGUAAUGGUAAAGCUGUAGGAAUAGGAGGUGAAAAUGAUGACAAGAAGGAUGAUGAAAAUGAUAUUGAUCAGGAAAAGAGAGUGGAAUAUGCAGUUCUGGAUGAGCUAGAAGAUUUUACCGACAAUAUGAUGGAAAUAGAUGAAGAAGGAGGCGGGUUCACAUCUAAAGCUAUCGUUCAAAGAGAUAAAGUGGAUGAAGAAACCUUGAAUUACUCGUAUGAGGAUGACUUUGAUAAUGAUGUUGAUGCUCUGCUGGAAGAGGGUCUUCGAGCACCCAAAACAAGGAGACUAGACAAUGAGAAGUAUGGUGGUGAAAGUGAUCACCAAUCUGAUGGAGAAACAAGUGUGCAGCCAAUGAUGACCAAAAUUAAAACUGUACUUAAAAGUCGUGGCCGCCCUCCUACAGAACCUUUGCCAGAUGGAUGGAUCAUGACAUUCCAUAACUCGGGCAUUCCUGUAUAUCUGCACAGAGAAUCCAGAGUUGUUACCUGGUCUAGACCUUAUUUCUUGGGAACAGGAAGCAUUAGGAAACAUGAUCCUCCCCUUAGUAGCAUUCCCUGCUUUCAUUACAAAAAAAUGAAGGAAAAUGAGGAAAGGGAACAAAACAAUGACAUAACCCCAAAUGGGGAAGUAUCACCUGUAAAGCACCUAGAUAAAUCUUCAGAACUGGACUGCCAAACAGAAGAACCAGAUUCUACUGCUGCUGAUUCUGGGCCUUUAGAUGACAAAGACACCUCAGGGGGAGAUGCAGCACAAGGAGCCUUAGGACAAGUUAAGGCCAAAGUUGAAGUAUGUAAAGAUGAAUCUGUAGAUCUGGAAGAUUUUAGACGCUAUCUUGAAAAACGUUUUGACUUUGAACAAGUUACUGUAAAAAAAUUCAGGACCUGGGCUGAGAGGCGGCAAUUCAAUCGCGAGAUGAAACGGAAGCAGGCAGAGUCCGAGCGACCCAUUCUGCCUGCCAAUCAGAAACUCAUUACCUUGUCUGUGCAAGAUGCACCUACAAAGAAAGAAUUUGUCAUUAAUCCCAAUGGGAAAUCUGAAGUUUGCAUACUGCAUGAAUAUAUGCAACGAGUCCUAAAGGUUCGCCCUGUUUACAAUUUCUUUGAAUGUGAGAACCCAAGUGAACCUUUUGGAGCCUCAGUGAUUAUUGAUGGAGUAACUUAUGGGGCAGGAACUGCCAGCAGCAAAAAACUUGCCAAGAAUAAAGCUGCUCGAGCUACACUGGAAAUCCUUAUUCCUGACUUUGUUAAACAGACCUCUGAGGAGAAGCCCAAAGACAGUGAAGAACUUGAGUAUUUUAACCAUAUCAGUAUUGAGGACUCACGGGUAUAUGAACUCACCAGUAAAGCUGGACUCUUGUCUCCAUAUCAGAUUCUCCAUGAGUGCCUUAAAAGAAACCAUGGAAUGGGUGAUACAACUAUAAAGUUUGAAGUGAUUCCUGGUAAAAAUCAGAAGAGUGAAUAUGUCAUGACCUGUGGCAAGCACACAGUGCGAGGCUGGUGCAAAAAUAAAAGGGUGGGGAAGCAAUUAGCCUCUCAAAAAAUCCUACAGCUACUGCAUCCACAUGUGAAAAACUGGGGCUCUCUUUUGCGUAUGUAUGGUAGAGAGAGUAGCAAGAUGGUUAAACAGGAAACCUCUGAUAAAAGUGUGAUAGAACUUCAGCAGUAUGCCAAAAAGAACAAGCCAAAUCUGCACAUCCUGAACAAGUUACAGGAAGAAAUGAAAAAAUUGGCACAAGAAAGAGAGGAAACAAGAAAGAAACCCAAGAUGACAAUAGUGGCAUCAGCUCAGCCUGGGAGUGAACCUCUGUGUACUGUUGAUGUUUAAUGAGAAGAUUUACAAGUGGGGAGCAAUAACACAAAUGGAGGAACUCAAGUUUCAACAAUUAUUUAAAAAUUGUUUGCUGCAGAAUGCAAGAUAACUUUUUAAAUCCAAGCUGCUUCAGUUAUGCAUUGUUCUUUUUGCAUCAUCAGGGCAAUAUUCCUUUUCCCUACUUUCUUUUCUUCUUGUUUUUUUUUUGUUUGUUUGUUUUUAAUACCUCUGCGAUACGUACGUUUAAAUAAUUGAUUCUAAAGAUCUCUACUUGGGCAAAUGCACAGAGGACAGGCAUGUUCACACAGGAUAAACUCCGUCAAGCACUUUUUCCUGGGAAGCCAUCCAUGUUGUUUGAAAUGGAUGCUUUUUAAGGAUGAAAUACAGAAUUUCUAUGUACAGGUUGAAGCUGAUAUUAUAUAUAUAUAUACACAUUCAUAUAUAUGUAUAUAUAAAAGAAAUAUAUGUACAUCUUCUUGUAUGAACAUGCCUAGAACUAUUUUUGUGAAAAGUUUCAUUGCAUUUCAGCACAUAAUAAUAUGCACUGAUAAGACACUUUGGUGACAAAUACAUGAAAGUGAUGAGCAAUGUUCCUAAUGCCAUAGGAUUAGGCCAGUAAUGCUGUUUCUUUUGUUCUGAUUUAUUUUUUGUCUUCUGCCAGGCUCAAUUAUUCAAGAUCACAGUAUGCAGAUUUUUUAAUUACUUGAAAAGAACAAGUAUACCUGGUAGUGUUAAGAACAACAGGCUGGAUAUCCAACGUUAUUGGGUUUUAUUUUAAUUGAAAAGAGCUUAAGUUAGUUUACAGAUCAGUUAAAAGGGGAAAAUGUGGUUCUAUAAUUUUUAUUAAAAUAAAAACUGUAAUUUGAAAGACUGUGUUCUCAAAGCUUGGAGCCAAAACACAGCUGAUGAUGGUUUAACAGUCUGAAAAUAGUUUGCCAAUGAGGUGUUUAAAGACCUUCCACUCCCUUUCCCCAGCAAUAAAACAAUUUCUUACUUGUUUGGAGUCAGAAUACAUCUGACUUGAUCAAUUACGUCUUAACUAAUUUGCAUCAUAAAAGCAAAAAAAUUUUAAAAUUCCCACAAUACAACCCUGAGAAAUCUGUAAUAACUGCAGCAAUUUAGGCUUUUUAAGAAGUUCUUUGUUUUUAAAUAAGUUUUUUAGUUUUUAAAGGAAAAAAAAUAACUUCUGCAAUGGAAAUUAGAAUGUAGAUUUGGAAUAUGACAUAGAGUAAUGAGUAGAAUGAGACCAUACUGGGUUAUACUGAUAAAUAAGAAAAUCACAAAUAUGCAACUAUUAUGAAAUACAAUUUUGGAAAAGAAGCAGUACUCACUAUGUCAUCUGAGGCUUUAUUAAAAUUAAGCACAGAAGAAAUAGUUUUGUCUUUAGUGAAAGCACUACUUUGUGGGUUUUGUUUUUCAUAUGGAGUUUUUUACUGGGUGACUGCAGUAAGUCUUCUCUUAGAACCAUUUUUGUCAGUUCUUUUAGUUUGCUCUUAAAGGAGAAUGAAAACCAAACUGGUGGUAGGGCUUGAUCCAAUAGUUGUACUGCUGGAUUCAACACUCCUACCCUGGUAGGAGAGAAAGGGGUCAGUUCUUUGCUACACCUGGUACUUACCUGGACAGUAAUCUGGGGAUUCAGGGGUUUUUGUUUUGUUUCUUGGUUGUUGGUUUGGUUUUCGAGUUGUGGCUUGGGGUUUUGUUUUGGGUUUUUUUUUGGUUUUUUACAAUGUUACAUAUAAGUGCUGCAGUAUAAUUAAUUUAGUGCCUACUGGAUUUUAACAAUAUUGGCAUCAGUAUUGUAAGACCUCCUUUUAAUAUCACCCAUUAUUUUGAAAUAUGUGAAUUGUAACUUAGAGCUCAGUUCUCUAAUAUGUUGCUUAUUAUGUUUGAGAUUAAACAGGAACAGUCUUGGAGUCUUAACCCGUUUCUGUGUUUGAGUGACAUGCUCAGAGGUCUCUGCAACUAUGAAUUUGCCCUUUUUUAUUAUUAUACUUAGCUUUUCCAUUCCACAAGUUGUAAUCCUGUUAUAACAGGAUACGGGUAGUUGGAAGACUAUACAUGAACUAUUAUUUAAAGAAGUGGCCUAUCUUAAAAACAAGAGAAAAAAAGAAAAAAAAAACACUGCCUCUGCUUUUUUUUGUAUAGCUUUAAUAAAUCACCAUGUUUUGAAGGGUAUAUAAUAUUGGUGCAGUAGUGACAAGCAGUGAUUACUGUUUGUCUCUCUUUGUUUUUUGUUUUGUUUUCAUAAAAACAGGGCUUAUAUCUUCUAUGCCUAAAUAUAUUACUCUUUAGGUAGGUUUUUACUUCAGCUUAAGUGUUUUCAGCAGAAGAAUCUGUACUUGGAUGGCACUGUAAAAAGACAAAUCACCCGUAUAGAACUUUUUAUUUUUCUGAAAUCAGAAUGUCAAUGCAUUUGCAGGUCCCCUGCAGAAUAUCCAUAGAUGCCUCACUUACAAAUUUGUUUUCAUUAUUUUUGAGAGGAUUGCUGUAUUACCUCAGUCUGCCACUAUUCGAAUCACAAGGUGACUGUUGCCCUUAAUUAGAACAUCCACAGAUCUCAUUGUGAACCAAAGCCUAGAACUAUAUUAUGCAUUCUAAACAAAAACAAACAAACAAAAAGAUGGUAUUAGACCUUGCUGCAGCCUUUAACUGGAGAGAUGUCCAGAAAAUAGCGCAAUAACUGCUGGAACAACAACUUAACUGCUGUUUAUGUCAUUGUGAAGUAUUCUUGUGUUUUAAUGUUUACUAUUGUUUGGAGUGUAACAGUCUUGCAUUUGCACAUAAGCACGAGCUGCUGUGAUAGAGGAUAGAUCAUUGCAUUAACUUCAGCUUCUGCAUGAACACUUACAGUGUGAUUCAAGAUGUAUCCUAAACUUGUCUUGUAACUUGUGUGUUUUCUAGGUAAUCGGCUGUAAAGGUUUAGAUCUUGAUUGUAUGAAUGCAUAAAACAACUGCUGCUUUUGUCACUGAUAUUUGUUAUUUAUCCCUUCUGUAUCCAGAGGAGGAUGGGUAUUUUUAUAGGGAUGGAGUGUAUUUUUAAGAACUGUUCCAUCCUUUGGGAAUUAAGAGUUUUUGCUUUGCAUAUUAUUUGCUUCUUGACAAAAGUGUGGUAUAUUGACUUUAAGGAUUAAAUUAGUGUGCAUUCAAAUCUUUAUGGUACUGAUGGAAAACUUACUGUGACUUCCAGUUAAUAGUCAGAUGCUACCUAUUUAAACACCAGUCAUCCAGCUUUUUCUUACAUAUUUAUUAAACAAAAAUGAAGUAGUUGGGUACUCAGAAGUUCGGAAAGAAUAUUAUGCAUAAACUUAACUGUUGUUUGUAAACUUCCACUUUCCUGUGAUGCUUUUAGGCUUUAUACAAAUACACUUGUAACAUCCAAGUAUUUUUAAGCAUCAUGAUUAUCUUAUUAAUUCUCUGGACUGUACUUCAGUUCUGGAGUCAAAUUCAGGAAGUGCUCGGCCUGCUAACUUACUGUUGGAAGAAAUGUGAAGUGCAAGAAGCCAUGCUGUUGUUAACCAAAUAAAAUGAUCAGUUACAGUAUUCUGAUGUGUAUCUGAGAAAGGAAAGUGAAACAACAACUUACUGCCUAAGUAGGUAACAAUGAUUGCUGUAUGAAUUGUGUUGGGUGCAGCUGCUUGAUGCCAGUGCUAAAUUGGUACAACUAUAAAGCCUCAUUUUCACUGAGCCUCUGCUUGCUUUUUUUUCUGCACAAUCAUAUAAUCCUAUGUGUUUGGUCUUUGAGUACUACAUGUGUAUUUUUCAGACAAUUAGUUUUGAGCAAUAAAGUUUGAUAUUAUAAAAU